AUGUCCUCCCUUGCAUUUGCUGUUCAUUCAAUCUGGACCGUCCAAGCAGCCGUGGUGGAUCAAAGUGGUGAUCCGCUUGCUCUUUCUUUCCGAUUUGGACUCUUUGUCCUCUACCUACCUCUAUUCCAGUGCUGCAUUUUCCACAAGCAGCGGCCCUUCGGCGAGAGCAGCAGUAGCAGUGACAGCGAGAGUGACAACAGCGAUGGUGAGAAUAAUGGGGUGGGAAGAGGGCGGGACGAUGCAAGAGGCAUGGGAGGAGCAGACGCAGAUGCUGGCAGGUCAGGGAGUGCAGAGGGGGAGAGAGAAGGAGGAGCAGAUGCAAAUGGUUCUGCUCCUUUUUCCUCCUCUGCACCAAUGGGGUCGGAGGGAAAUGCUGAAGGCGGGAGAAGUGGGAGGAGGAGGCGGAGGCACAGGCACGGACAUGGAAAGCACUGCUACGGGCACUGUGGGGGAUAUGAGGGGAGGAAGGGAGGAAGGGAGGAGGGGGAAGGGUUGAGGAGAAGAGGAGGGGGAGAGGGAAGCAGGGGGAGGGGGGGGAGAGGGGAGGAGGGGAGGAGGGGAGGAGGCACAUGCAGCGACAUGCGAUGCAUUGCCAUGGCCACCGUGGGGUUGGGGGCGGAGAAAGGGGAGGGGAUAGAGGGAGGGAAAUCUAGACGCUCCGUGCUGGCGGGCGGACUCUUCGCCUUGGCCUCUGCCACCCUCUCCCCGUACCUCCCGCUACCCACCCACCCCUCCGCUGCGCACGCCGCCGCGGACUCCGCCGCCACGGCGGAAGCCACCGCCGCCGGGGGAAGCGACCUGCUGAAAGGGCUCCGAUCCGCGUUCAAUUCGGACGAGCUCACGGCGAGCGAGCGGCGGCUUCCGAAGGCGUACGUGCAGAGCGUGACGGCGCUCAUCAGCAGCUUGCGCGACGCGCUGGGCGCGGAGGAGGGCGACCGGGGGGAGUUCCGGCGCAAGGCGGAGGUGGCUAAGGGUGCGAUCCGCGCGUACCUGGGGGAGUGGCGGGGGAAAGCGCCAGAGAACACUGAGGUGGGCGCGCAGGGGGGCAGAGAGAAUGCGUGGGGAGGAGGGUUGAACGAGGGGAGGAUUGAACUGCUUGUGGUCGAUGCCAAGCUGCUUACUAAUCUCAAGAUUCCCUCUUUUCGCUGUCCUCCCCUCCUCUUUUUCCCUCCUCCCCCCCCUCUCCUCCUCCCCAUCUCCCCUCCUCCCCCUCUCCCCCUCUUCCCGUUCCCCUCCUACCCCAUUCCCCCACUCACCUCCUCUCCACCUCUCCCCCUCCCUCUCCGUCCCCCCUCCCCUCCUCCUCUCCUCCUCUCCUCCCCUUCUCCCCUCCCAAUCAGACCAACGGCUCCUCCCUUGAAACUAUGUCACACCAUCACCUCAUCACUCAACUCUGUGCUCAGAACACUGCCCUGCCUCUACAUGCGCAGUGGGCUGGAUUCGAUGCACGGCUGCCUCGUUUUCGGUUUCACAUUUUCUCGCUCCCCCCCCCCCCCCCCCCACCCCUCUCCUCUCCUCCCUUUCCCCCCAACCCCCCCCCCCCCCUCUUCUGCCCUCCUCCCCACCCCGCACUCCCUCCCCCCCAAUCAGAUCAUCACCUCCUCUCUUGACUCUGUACUUAGAAUGCUCUCCCGCUUCUACAUGCGCAGUGGAGUCAACGCAAAGCUGCCUGCUGACAUCAGAGACGGAAUCCUUGCUGACCUGGCACUUGCAGAGGCUGGGUUGUGA